CCGGGUGCUCAUAGCAAGGUCUUUAAAAAGACAAUGGGGUUUAUUACUGCAAAUUUUUUUUCCCAUCUACUUAUCCACGUCAGCAUCCCGUAUGACGUGAGCAAUCACUGUGCCUAACGUUUCGUUUUGUCACCUGCGUGCGUGCGUGCGUGCGUGGUGGCUCAUUGCCUCAUUUCCCAGUCAGUCAGCCUUUUGUUUCUGGUCUCCACGUCUCACACCCUCACGACGAUCUCCGAUAAAGAAUUCCACUUCCCGUCAUCGGAGAUUGCUCCAGCCUUGAUACUUCGGGUCAUGCUUCUUCGCCGACUUGCUGUAGCAGUUCCUCGCUCGACAAGGUUCUUCUGUGGUAACGGUAGCCAUGACCUUGCAAGCACCAUAGCUGAACUCAAUAAGGAAAUGGAAUCGGUCUUUGGUGAACCUCCUCCAGAUGGGUUUGCGAGUUCUAGAAGUAAAAGUUUCAUGGGUCAAGAAUCCCAACUUAAUUCUCAUGUGAUUUCGAGUUCUACUAGUAAUAAGUUUACUGUUGAAGAACUCCCUGGUCUAUCUCAAACUUUAGGUGAAAAUGCAGCUGGUCUGACCCAUGUUGGCUGCACAGGGAAAGCCCAAAUGGUGGAUGUGUCACCCAAAGAAAUUAGUAGUAGAACUGCUACUGCUAGCUGCAAGGUAAUUCUGGGUAAGAAGGUGUUUCAUUUGGUCUUGGCCAACCAGAUGGCUAAGGGAGAUGUUCUAAGUGUGGCAAAAAUUGCUGGCAUAAAUGGAGCAAAGCACACUAGCACACUAAUCCCACUAUGCCACAACAUCACUUUGACUCAUGUUCGAGUUGACCUAAGACUCAAUCCUGAGGAUUUUAGUGUUGAGAUAGAAGGAGAAGCAGCCAGUACAGGUAAAACUGGGGUUGAGAUGGAAGCAAUGACAGCUGUGAGUGUUGCAGGAUUAACAGUGUAUGACAUGUGCAAGGCUGCUUCAAAAGAUAUCCAGAUCACAGACAUACGGCUCGAGUGUAAAACUGGCGGGAAGAGUGGAUACUGGUGCAGGGAAGAAUGAUGAUGUUUCCAGAAGAAGAUUUUGACACGAGUGCUACCAAUUGUCGUGGAGAUUAGUGUUCUAGUGGAUGUUUGCAUUUGUCAUCAGAAUGGAAGUACUCCUCUUUCUUUUAAACAUGAAACUUGAUGGCAUAAUUCACGUUUGCAAUUCAAAUUUACAAUCUUCCUGCAUUUUAAGCACAUGCAUGCACAUGGGGAAAAAGAAAAGAACAGAAAAGAAAGAAACAAAGAAAGAAAAGCUGGGGUGGGGGGGGAGGAUACAGAUACAUAUUUUGAACAAGAAGAUCAGCAUGUCGCACCUUUUGGAGGCUAUUAACUUGAAAAUAUGGAUUUGUAGAGUUAGAGAAUGCAUAAAGUAGUUAGAGAUAAAGAUGUAGUAGUUAAUGUGUGAGCCUUUCUAGAUCUUGCAACUUUUAGGAGGCUUACUAAGUGGAAAGCAUAAAUCUCUACAUUUACAAAAGGCAGAAGGUUGUUCGGGAAUGUGUGUGAAGUUAA